CCAGCUCGCCUUCCUUCCGCACUCCGCCGCACCGGUCCAGCCGCAUCCUCCACCCGCGAGCGGGGCCAUGCAGCCCAUCGCGCUUCUCGGCCUCCUGGGAGCCGCGCUGCUGGCCGCUGUCAGUUCUGUGCCAGUGGAUAACAGAAACCACAAUGAAGAAAUGGUGACUCGCUGCAUCAUUGAGGUCCUCUCAAAUGCCCUGUCAAAGUCCAGCAUUCCACCUGUCACCCCUGAGUGCCGGCAAGUCCUCAAGAAUGAUGGAAAAGAGGUCAAAGAUGAAGAGAAAAAUGCAAAUGAAAACACAAAGUUUGAAGUAAGAUUGUUAAGAGACCCAGUUGAUGUCUCAGAAGCCCAUAGGCCCUACAGUAGGGAGGAAGCAGGACCUCCAGGGGAGGAGGACACUCAAGGCCAGACAAAAGAAGACACAGAGAAGCGGGCAGAGGGAGGACAUAGCCGAGAGGUGGUGGAUGAACCCCGGGGGAGCCUCUUUCCCUCUGACAGCCAAGUUUCUAAAGAAGUAGACACACACCAUUCUGAGAAAAAUGAAGGAGAGGACAGGGAGGAAGAAGAGGGAGAGAACUAUCAGAAAGGGGAGCUCAAGGAAGAUGCCAGUGAAGGGAAACACCUUGAAGAGCCAGGAGAAACACAGAACGCUUUUCUCAACAAAAGAAACCAGGCUACGGCUAGGAAAAAAGAGGAGUUAGUGACCAGAUCAGGUACAUACUCUGCUGGGCACUCUGAGGAGAAGACACACAGCAGGGAGAAGAGCAGCCAGGAGAGUGGAGAGGAAACAAGGAGCCAGGAGAAGCACCCUCAAGAGUCUAACAUCCAACCCCAGAGCCAGGAAGACUCUGAGGAAAGUGAGGAAGACGCUACCUCUCAGGCGACCAAACGACGCAUGAGGCCCAGACACCACCAUGGGAGGAGCAGGCCUGACAGGUCCUUCCAAGAAGGGAAUCCUCCCCCUGAGGAAAGGGGACAUGCCCUUGAGGAAUCUGAGGAGGACAAUGUGGGUUUAGGGGAAAAGAGGGUCCACCAUUCAAUUCACUACAGGGCUUCAGAGGAAGAACCCGAAUAUGAGGAAGAAGUGAGGAGUUAUCCAGGUGUCCAGGCUCCUGAGGACCUGGAGGAGGGACACUAUGGGGGAAGAGGAAGCGAGGAGUACAGGAAUCCAAGGCCUCACAGUAAGGAGAGCCAGGAGGAGAACAAGAGAAACUAUCCCAGUUCACAGCUUAAAAACGUGGUACACAGAUAUAAUGAAGAAAGUGAAGAAGAGCGGGGCCGUGACGGGGGAAAGGGACGCCAUUACAGAGUCAGAGGAGGGGAACCAAGUGCCUAUUCUACUCCUGACACCAGAGAAGAGAAAAGGUUUUUGGGCGAAGGAUACCACCAUAUUCAAGAAAGCCAGGUGGACAAGGCAAAAAGGCAUCCCCAAAAUGCAUGGCAAGAGCAAGGAACCAAUUACCUCAACUAUGGUGAGGAAGGAGCCCAAGGGAAAUGGCGGCAGCAGGAGGACAUGAGAGACCCUAAAGAAAACAGGGAGGAAGCCGGCCUUCAAGAUAAACAAUAUGCCUCUCAUCAUACCCCUGAAAAGAGGAAGAGAUUAGGGGUGCUGUUCAACCCAUACUUUGACCCUCUCCAAUGGAAGAGCAGCCGUUUUGAGAGAAAAGACAACAUGGAUGAUAAUUUUCUUCAGGGUGAAGAGGAAAAUGGGCUGACCUUGAAUGAAAAGAAUUUCUUCCCAGAGUACAAUUAUGACUGGUGGGAGAAAAAGCCCUUCUCGGAGGAUGUGAACUGGGGAUAUGAGAAGAGAAGCUUCGAAAAGGCCCCCAAACUGGACCUGAAAAGGCAGUAUGACAGAGUAGCUGAGCUGGACCAGCUCCUUCACUACAGGAAGAAGUCAGAUGAAUUUCCCGACUUCUAUGACUCCGAGGAACAGAUGGGUACAGGCCAUGAGGCAGAAAAUGAAAAGGAUGAGUCUGACCAGAGAGUUCUGACAGAGGAAGAGGAAAAAGAACUUGAAAACUUGGCCGCAAUGGAUUUGGAACUACAGAAAAUAGCCGAGAAAUUCAGCCAAAGGGGCUGA